CUCCCUCUCCCAGAUUUAUUCCUCUGCACAGAGGGGCAGGGAGUGCCGAGGGAACCUUAAAACAUGAAGGUCCUCUUUGUUUUUGCUGUUUUCUUCUGUUUGACUCAAACAAGCUCAGGAGAUAUUCCACCUGGAAUUAGGAAUACCAUCUGCCGUAUGCAACAUGGAACCUGCAGACUUUUUUUCUGCCAUUCUGGUGAGAAAAAGGGUGACAUUUGCUCAGACCCUUGGAAUAGAUGCUGUACAUCGAACAGAGUGGAAGAAGGCAAAGACAAGGAUGGCAGAUUUGGGACGGAAAGUGUAAUCCCCUGAAGGCAGAGAU